ACAAUAUACUUUCAUACGGUUAAUAAUAACAUCACUAUUCUUUGUAUGAUCAUAUCUGAUGAUUUAUAGUUGAUGUAUAGUUUACCAAUUCUUUUUCCUUUAGAAAUCACUAGAAUCUAUUAAUAUCACUUUACUAGUCAAGCAAAUACAUUACGUGGUAGUUGCAGACUGGUUGCAGAAACUAAAGUCAAAAAUCAGAUCAAGGGUUAGCGUUUGCUUCACCUCUAAGAGAACAAUGGAUGUUUGUUAUAGUAUUAUAGUUUGAGAAGCUUUACAUGAAGCUGAUGAGGAUUUCUCCACUUUAUUCACUUUUCCAUGUCAUUCUUUAACAAACACUGGUCGCCUAAAAGCUUUUCAAAAGACUAACGUUCAUGUGCACAUGCGCUAUAUAUAGGUCUUCAUCCGCAGAUAUGCAAAUAACCAAAGAUCCCAUUGUUCUAUUUCUAUCGACAAAUAUUGAUAUUCAAGAACCAAAACAUCAUAAGCACCAAUGGCAAUGACUAGUACUAGUAGCAGCACUUCGUUGUAUCCUCCAGCUCAACAACCGCAACAACCAUUAGUAAGCAAUGAGAUUGAACCUACGGCGACAAAUGCUAAUCUGGUGGCCGCACCAAACGGUCCAAACCACUACUCGUCCGGCUCCAUUGGACCCUUCUUUGCAGUCAUCUCUGUUCUUGUCGUUCUUGCAGUUCUCUCCUGCUUCUUGGGCCGGAUAUGCGCACGGCGACGACGGCAGAGAAGUGGUGUAGUGGCUGAAGUAAAUCCGUUGGAGAUGAUAAAGAGUCGUGGGCCUUUAGGGUGGCUGAGAAGGAAAUGGACACGGUGCUUGACCGGAGACGUGGAGGCUGGAGCUAAAGUUACUGAUUGCACCGGCAAAGAAACGCCUAAAGAUGGUGAUCAUACUCGUCUAGAAGCUCCUCCAGCUUAGAACUUCGAUUUAAAAUAUGUAUGAUUGAGAGAGAAAAGUAAUAAACAUUUUUAGAAGCGUUUCAACUAGAACGUAAGCAAAUUUUAUCAUAUUCGAAAUGUUGUUUCAGAUCUACAAAACCCAUCUCGUAAAUUUUAGUCUCACUACUUGGAUCAUCAGUUCAUCACCAUGUGAAUUCUUGUGGAACUUUAUACUUCAUUGUUACAAAACUCACGUUCAAGAACAUGAUAUAUAAAAUAUAAAUAUGUAAAACAAGAAGCCGAAAAUUGUCUAUGAUCGGUGAACAAGAAACAAGAGCAAGACCAACCGUUCAGAUGUUAAAAGCUAAAGGAGACAAACAGGCCUUGAAAUCUAGAAAACAAGCUCAUGUGGCUUCAUCCCUUGUUUCAAUGAGAACCUGGCGCCCAAAUAAGUCUUCAGCUCAGGAACUGCUUCAAUGGCUUUGA